AUGGCCGAUCAGAUCAACAUGGGUGGUCUCUCCAUCAACGACGGCGCUCAGCAGGGCCCUCCCCAGGGUAACCGAUCCUACAUCCCCCCUCACAUGCGUGGCCGUGGUGGUCCUCCUCCUGCCGGCCCUCAAGGUGGUCCUCCCGCUAUGAACGGCGGUCCUCCUCCUGCUGGCCCCGGACCCAACGGUAUCGGCAACAGCGCUUGGGCUAACCAAAACUACGGUGCUCGCCAGUCCAACUGGGGCAACGAUGUCCCUACCUACCAGAACAACAACCGCCGAGGCGGCUGGGGUGGUCGAGGUGGUUACAGCGGUGGCGGCAACGACGGUCACUCUGGCGCUCCUGCUGCCCGUGGGUCUGGCGAUGGACAGUGGCGCGAUGGAAAGCACAUUCCUGGUCCGGCUAACCCCCGUAUCGAGCGCGAGCUUUUCGGCACCACUGCCGACGAUCCUUCCAAGCAGCACACCGGUAUCAACUUCGAGAAGUACGACGACAUUCCCGUUGAGGCCUCUGGUCAAGAUGUUCCUGAGCCCGUUCACCAGUUCACCACUCCUCCUCUGGAUGAGCACCUGUGCCGCAACAUCGAGCUUGCUCACUACAAGGUCCCCACUCCUGUCCAGAAAUACUCGAUCCCCAUCGUUAGCAACGGUCGUGAUCUGAUGGCUUGUGCUCAAACCGGUUCCGGAAAGACUGGUGGUUUCUUGUUCCCUAUUCUCUCUCAGGCUUUCCUUAACGGACCUUCUCCCGUGCCUGCUAAUGCCGCCGGUCAGUUUGGUCGUCAGCGCAAGGCUUACCCCACCUCUUUGAUUCUCGCUCCCACUCGUGAGCUUGUCUCUCAGAUCUUUGACGAGUCCCGCAAGUUCGCCUACCGUUCUUGGGUUCGACCUUGUGUCGUUUACGGUGGUGCCGACAUUGGUUCUCAGCUCCGCCAGAUUGAGCGUGGUUGCGAUUUGCUUGUUGCUACUCCCGGUCGAUUGGUCGAUCUCAUAGAGCGAGGUCGCAUCUCUCUCCAGAACAUCAAGUACCUUGUCCUCGAUGAGGCUGAUCGCAUGCUGGACAUGGGUUUCGAGCCCCAGAUUCGCCGCAUUGUCGAAGGCGAGGACAUGCCUCAAGUUCAGGACCGUCAGACUCUGAUGUUUUCAGCCACCUUCCCCCGCGACAUCCAGAUGCUUGCCCGUGAUUUCCUCAAGGACUACAUCUUCCUCUCUGUCGGUCGUGUCGGUUCUACUUCUGAGAACAUUACUCAGAAGGUUGAGUACGUUGAGGAUGUCGACAAGCGCUCCGUUCUUCUGGACAUUCUUCACUCCCACGCCAACGGUCUCACUUUGAUCUUCGUCGAGACCAAGCGUAUGGCUGAUUCGCUUUCCGACUUCCUCAUCAACCAGAACUUCCCCGCUACUUCCAUUCACGGUGAUCGCACCCAACGCGAACGUGAGCGUGCUCUUGAGUUCUUCCGUAACGGACGAUGCCCCAUUCUGGUCGCUACCGCUGUUGCUGCCCGAGGUCUCGAUAUCCCUCACGUCACCCACGUUGUCAACUACGAUCUUCCUACCGAUGUUGAUGACUAUGUCCACCGUAUUGGUCGUACCGGUCGUGCUGGAAACACUGGUAUCGCUACUGCUUUCUUUAACCGUGGCAACCGUGGAAUCGUUCGAGAGCUUAUGGAUCUCUUGAAGGAGGCUAACCAGGAGGUUCCUUCUUUCCUCGAGACCAUCGCCCGUGAAUCUUCCUUCGGUGGUGGCGGCCGAGGUGGCCGCUCUCGUGGCGGUGGUGGCCGAGGAGGUGGUGCCAACCGCGAUUUCCGAAAGUUUGGCGGUGGUGGUUUCGGCGGUAACAACGGCGGCUCUGGCGGCUUCAACGCUGGAUCUCAAGGUGCCGGCUACGGUGCUGCCGCCGGCGGUGGCUUCAGCGGCUCUGGUGGCUACGGAGGUGGUGGUUACGGCGGAGGAGCUGGCUACGGCGGUGGGGGCUAUGGUAACCCCAGCGGCCCUGGCGCUCAAUCUUCUUGGUGGUAA